CUCUACCAUCACCUUUCCGCUAUGUGUUCCAUCGCUGGAGGGGCCAUCUUCAUUAGCCAAUUCACGGCACUCGCAACCUUCUUUUCACUUUACAGUGUUUCAGAGUCGCCUUAAAUGCAAGAAACGUCAUCGCGCAGGCAAGGCAUACAUAACACAUUGUUUCCACAAUGACAGUCACUUCUAUAAUUUCAAACUCAUCGGAUAAUGCUUCACGCGCACGUGCUUGCCGUCUACACGCUGCUUCGUGCUCUGUACAACGACAUCCUCUCGCUUUGUCCUCAGACGACAUCCAUGUUGUCCCUUCAGUGGUUGUUAAAGGCGUUACAGAGGGCCUUUCGUAACUACCCAGGUGGCUGCUCGCUAUUAAAAGCUAUUAUUUCAUUCUGGGUUUUCUUGAAGCGCCGCUUACGGGGUUAUUCGCGGGCUUUUCACGACAAAAUGUAUGCAAAGGGUCCGCGACCUAUUAACGACCAAGCCUCUAGUAAACUCCGUGGCGAAAAGCAGAAAAGGUGUAUAGAUAAGUUCCCGUAUGACGGUGAUGUAGAGAAACCAACAUCAGUCGUCGCAACACAAGAUUCUCCCCCCAUUUUCUCUCUUCCUGACCUCUCCUCUCUGCCGGACUCCUCUCCGGCAUCUGAAGGGCAUUCAGUUCCCAAUGCGGGGCCAUCUGGACAUCUGAACUCUACAUCCCAUUGUCCGCAGGGUUGCCCACCUUCUGCCCAUGCGGCACGGAAUUUUAAUGGAGCGGGCCCUACGACCUCGACGGAUGUCCGACCGCUCCCUCCGAUCCCCAUACAAGACGAAGUAGAAGAGACCAAUAAUCUUCUAGGUCGUGUUCCUGGGUCACCUACUACAUUGUCUGUUAUUUAUCCUUCCUUUUGGCCACUGGCACCCGAACAAAUUCAGAGAUAUGAAAGAGAAGUUUUCAUAACACUGGAUGAAACCAUGUACUGGAUUGAUCCUUUGACGACCUUGUUUCCUCCCCAUCGUGUUCAGGACGGUUGGGUGCCCUUCGUGCACCCCGAAGGUGCUCUCUAUUGGUUUCAUCAGGCGAAGAGGUCAUUUACCGGUGUUAAUUUGUGUGACCGAGAGAAACUGCAACACAUCACGAAGUUCAUGGACGAUAUCUAUGAAUACAUUCGUGUGAACGCUAUAACAAUACCAGAAAAUGUCGAUCUCGUGUUUGAGCUCGUCCGGGAUCCGGACAACGACGAGCAGUGUUGUGCAUAUUACUUUGCAAGCCACGAUACUCGUUCCGUUUUCUGGCUGGAUGAUUUCGAUAUGAGUUACCCCAACACAUGGGACGAGGUCAAAGGCGUUACCGAACCUUCCCAUGUUGGCCUUGAGAUAGAGGCCCAGUAUUGGUAUCACUGUCAACUGUUUCCGACUUGCAUGGAAAUGACUAUGGGUAUCAUCGAGGAGCUCAGAGAUAUCUUGAUUUAUAAUAUGGGAGAUACAAUGACGUCGCCCUUAUCAACCUCCGUCUAUGGCGUUUCCGAGCUACAAGAAAUCAUCGGUCUCACGAAUUGUAUCGAGAAAUCUAUUACAUCUGGACGGCCUCAACGUCCAGGAUCCGUGGGCAGUAUUGGCCGCUUUAUGUUCAUUUUUUUGAGGAACCGAUUCAUCAACUUCCAUGGUCAGCCUGGUGCCCGGCUUGCGCGCGAUCAGUUAAUCUAUGGGACGCCGUCCAAACGGACCCUACUUGUCUCCUUCCUUUCACCGUUCCUAUUCUUUGCACCCGAUAUUAAUCUGGCUACUUUGAAAAGGAUCGGGGGUGACGGAUAUGUCCACACCCACAAGGCAUCUUGGAGUAACUUCACUGACAAGCUCAGUGCUGAAUGGCAAGAAGUUACCCUCUAUGCUACCGUUUUACUCCCUGCCAACGUCGCUUUCCUGGCUAUCCAGAGUGUCGACGAUGCUAGUGCUAACGGAGGACGAUCACCCGCACAAAUAUCGAGUUAUGUCUCGAUGAUUGCGAGCAUAGGUAGUAUCUUCUUGAGCACUCGUAUGAGGGCUCAUGACUCGUCCAAAGACUCGCGAUUCCUGCGCCUGCGAAAACGAAACAAUAGAAGUAUGGAGAUUCUGGCCAUUAUGUACAGCUUACCUACUGCCUUACUGAUGUGGGCUAUGGUCUUCUUCCUGGUCGCGUUCAGCAUAGUCUGUUUCACUGCCUCCAGUUUAUCCGACAGAAUGCUCGUGGGCGGUGCAUGGAUUCUUAUCGGCGUCCUCAUACUCUGGUGCAGCAUUGUGUUUUUGGAGGUCAAGCAUGUGUAUGUUCCUUACAUGUCCAAACUCGCAGUGCUGGUCAAGUAUUGGGACCGAUUGCCCAUAAAUCUCGCGAAGAGAUUUCAUACACAUCGGAUGAAGACACGGCCGCCGAUGAGCUCGGUGGACGAGGCAGCAGUGGAUGUUUAAUUCUUAAGGGAGUGGAGGAGCUGAUGAUUCCGUACCAGAGUCCCGUAGCGCUUUUUAGG